AUGGUCCAGUCCAGGGGGGCCCGGGGCCUGCAGCUAGCCGGCUCUCAGGAGGCCCUCAGCUUCCCCGCUUCGCAGCUCUUCACCAACUGUGACCACUUCCCUUCUGAGUUCUCCUUCGUGGUCACGCUCAAGAUCCCACGCCUUGCCAACAAGAGGAACGAGUACAUCUUCUCGUUGGUGGAGGAGGAGUCAGACCGGCUGCUGAUUGGUCUACUUGUCUCUCAGGAGAGGCUCCACUUUUUGUUCCAGGGCCCGACAGGCAAGAAACGGAUCACGUUUAGGGCGGUGCGGCUGGCGGACAACCACUGGCACACAGUGGUGGUGGCCGUCACCGGGCGCUAUGCUACACUCAGAGUGGACUGUGGUAUGGCCCUGGAGCUGGUCUAUGAGAAGCCUUUCCCCAGUGAUCUCUGCACUGCCCACUCCAGGUUCUACGUCGGCAGCAGGAGGCGGUGGAAAGGACUGUUCUCUGGUCUGCUGCGACAGCUGGUUCUGUUGCCUGGGUCAGAUGCUACCUCCCGAGUUUGUCCCUCUUCAAACCCCAGACUGGCAGUCCUCUCUGUCCCUCAGGCCCUGCUCACCAUGCCCAUCACACCCACUGGGAACGACAUAGUCCCCCUGUAUCCUUACGAGGCAGAAGUGUUCAUAACCCCGGGGACCCAGCCUCCCUGUGCCAAGGCAGAGGAGGGCCAGCUGUGGUUUAACACACUGAAGAAAGGCUUGUUCCUGUGCGAUGGACGGCUGUGGAUGCCUCUGCUGCAAGAGAAAGAGCGUCUGGACUAUGUUGAAGACUACCAAGACCUUUACACCAACUCAGAGACGUUCGACAUCGAGGUGUUCCACAUCCCCUCCCAAGGACUGUUCGCUGCCACAGCCAAUCGCGAGACCAAGCCGGGCUCUGGAAUCUACAAGUGGGUGGAUGGGAAGUUUCAAGUGUAUCAGAACAUCAUCACCUAUGAAGCACGGGCAUGGAAGUACUUCACUGUGGGCAACAAGAUGUUCCUAGCAGUGGCUAACUCCAAGGGCCAGCCUGGCGAGGAGUGGGAGGAGUCAGUGAUCUACAAGUGGAGCAACAGGAAGUUAAUGUUUCUACCUUAUCAGACCAUAGAGACACACAGUGCUCUGGACUGGGAGGCCUUCAGCAUACAGGAACAACAUUUCCUGGCUGUGGCCAAUCACAGACGAGGUGACAACAAUCACAACAUCGACAGUGUGAUUUACCGGUGGAACCCAGGGACCAAGGUGUUUGAGGUGAAUCAGACCCUCGAGACUCAUGGGGCCUACGACUGGGAGUUCUUUUCCGUGGGCCCAUACCACUUCCUGGUGGUGGCCAACACUUUCGAUGGAAUAUCCACCAGCAUCAACUCCACCAUAUACAUCUGGCUGGGAGGAAUGUUCCAGCCAUUUCAAUACAUCAAGACGGUGGGAGCGACGGACUGGGAGAUGUUCCAGGUCAAGGAUCGGUACUUCCUGGCGGUGGCUAACGGCCAGAAACUGAACGAGAGAGGCCCUAGUCACUACAACAUCAACUCAACCAUCUACGAACUGAACGUGAUCACACAGACCUUCGUUAAGUUCCAGGACAUCGUCACAAACAGUGCGGUGGACUGGGAAUUCUUCUCGGUGGGUGAAGAGAAGUUCCUUGUUGUGGCCAAUUCUCACGAUGGAACCUCGUAUUCUUUAAACAGUGUUAUAUACAGGUGGCAGGGAUAUGAGGGAUUUGUCCCUAUCCACCGGCUCCCAACCAUCGGCUGUACGGACUGGGAAUAUUUCAAUACCACAGCAGGAUCCUUUCUCGUCUAUUCUAGUGCCACCUCUCCCCUGUCUAAAGUCUUCAGACUGAAGACGUACUGAUUCCUCACUGUUCCUGACGCUCCACGAUCUGAGCCAGUUAGAGAAACAUGGUCUGGUGGAAAAAUGGAAGGGGAAUGAA